AUGUUUGGAUUGAUGAAGCACGGCAGAUCCAUCAGCAUCGACGAGUGAGUCUGUUUUGCGCUGUCCUGUCUUCAGCCGCUGCUCGGUUCGUUGCCGGCGUUCGCAUCCCGGCGAUUUAACCCCGCGCCCCCAGAUGGCGCUGGGCCAGGUCACAAGGCACCAGCCUACCUGCCCUAGCGAGAGGGGCCACGCCUUGCAAUUGCAUCCAAAAUAGAGGAAAUUGACACCAACUACCUCCUGCAGUAUCGCUUCGGUGCUGGACAUUUUCCCAUGCUCGGUCCCAGCGUCGUUCAUCAUCGCCGCCGUCUCAUUCUACCGCGCUCGGCAGAUCCUCGGACCCCAACUCCGAUUCACCGACCAUAUCCUAGCGCACCGCUGGUUGACCGUACUCCUUUCGUUCGUCGCUCUGAAAUCGACGAACCGGGUGCUGGUUCGAUUGAUGAGGAAUAACGGUUGGAAGGCAGACCCGCCGCGCUGGAGUCGUAUCAAGGGCGAAGGCGACGUCGUGCUCAUCACCGGUGGCUCGACCGGAAUCGGGAAGGAGAUCGUGGAGCUCUUGGCCAAGAAGACCAACAAGAUCGUCGUAUUGGACAUGGCCGAACCAACCUACAAGGCUUGUGUGUCCUUUCUUCUUCAUUGAAAGGCCUUCUGUGCUUCAGCAGCUGACUCGGUCCGUGGGAAUUUUCCGGAUUCUGUCUUCACAAAAUAGCUGGCGUUCAUUAUUACAAGUGCGACGUCACCGACCCAGCAGUGAUUCACAAGAUCGCCGAGGAUGUGCGAGCCAAGGUCAGUUGCACGUGCGCAAUUGAUCAUGGGCUUCAGGUCCUGACCACUUUUAUAUUAUAAACUCGGUACACUAGGUUGGGCACCCUACGUACAUCGUGAGUGAUCCUUAACCGGCUUAGCCUGUUAUUCGCAAUAUCGGACACUGACCCCGAGUGAGCUGCCCGAUGAAAAUCUCUUCAGAUCAACAACGCCGGAAUCGCACGAGGCAACACCAUCCUCGAUACGACCCCGGAGCAGUUCCUCUUGACCUACAAGGUCAACGUGCUCGGCUGCCACAACAUCCUGCGCGAGUUCCUGCCCCACAUCAUCAAGGUCAACCACGGCCACAUCAUGACGACCGCCUCGUCGGCGUCGUACGCUGCGAUCCCGCAGUUGAGCGAGUACGCUUGCUCCAAGGCCGCGGCUUUGGCUUUGCAUGAGGUGUUGACGGGCGAGCUCAAGCACCGAUACAACGCCCCACGAGUGCGCACCUCGGUCAUUUGCCCGACCAAGGUCUCGACUCAGAUGGGAGAUGCGAUGAAGGAGCAGGACAACCAGUUGUGAGUCCCUAGUGGACAAGAGCUGUUGGCGCAAAGUCUGAAGAGAUGUCUGACAUUACGAUACUUUCCAAUAGCAUGACCCCGACAUUGUCCGCAACCUGGCUCGCGCACAAGAUGGUCUCGAUCCUCGAAUCGGGGUUAUCGGACCACCUCGUGACCCCUGGAUUCGCCCGUGUCCUCCUGCCCUCUCUCCGCUCUUUGCCCGAAUGGCACCGAUGGAUCGUCAGCACCGUCGGUAAGACGCACGAGACCAUCACCGAUGAAGGCAACGCGAGGCAGAGGAAGACGUACACGUUCGUCGACGAGCUUGACAAGCAACAUGGGCUUGUUAGGCAAGCUUAG